AUGCAGCCUUCACACCGGCAGUCUUCACACCGCCAGCCUUCACACCACCAACCGCCCACGCGAGCCAAGGCCAGGGUGGUGACUCGCCGCAUUCCAGACGAGAUAUGGGAGUCGUAUCAUACCGAAGUGGCACAACUGUACUUGGACAAGGAUCCCCCCAUGAGCCUAAAAGAGCUUCAGGCCCAUUUCAGAGACACGCACGGCUUCGCACCUACCAAGAAACAGUGGAAAGACCGGUUCCAAAAAUGGGGACUGCAGCGCAACCUUGAUUGUAAGACAGCAGCAGCUAUCCUCCACCUCUUUCGAAACGCCGAGCAAAGAGGUGUCCCAUGUUCCGUUUUCCAUCACCAACGCGUGAAGACCCUGGAAGAUAUCAAAUCAUACAUCAAGAAAUCGCCCCGCGUAGCCAAUGAGCAGGAACUGCUGAAACAUCUGCCAGAGCCUGCACAGUGGCCACAAAGUGUGACGAGCAGUACUCAGGCCACAUCGGUGGCAAAUCUAAGUUCACCCAAAUCCGCCACCAUUGUUCCGUCGCCAGCAUACCAGCUGGGAUACUCGACUGACGGACACCUUUUCAAUCCGAGCGCCAGGACCGGUCUCAGGAAUGCUGAUUCCGACGAACCUGUACAAGACACGCACGACUCAAGUUUCGAGCCCCGAAUCCAUCCUGAAGCUCACCUGUCCAUCUCAAGUAGAUACACCGGCCCCUACAUCGUGGACCCAAGUGCCAAUAUGACUCGACAGGAUGAAAAGCAGCCGCUGCGGUUUUCUCAGGAGUCACAAGGAACGUCUGGUUGGCAUGGAUUUCAAUAUCAUACUACGGAUGUAGUACCGCAGCUUCAUACGUACAAUAGCCAGGAGCAGUACUUUGAUGCUCAGGUGUCAGGUGGUUUGAACAACAGGCAAACCUUCGAGAUCCCGUGGGAGGACCACCAGACUGCCUUCGAUGCAAUCUAUGAGCCUUUCGAAGCCCAGGGACAGGAUCUUUCACUGCACCCGAAUUUUCUGGGCGAUUUUCAUCUUGCAGCUUCCGUCACACCGCGUCAACUCCCUCCAGGCUCCGACACUGAUCUUGAGGUUCAGACAAGGUUUCAAGAGUAUGUUGCGAAACUGCUGAGCACUGGUCAAGACCUACGUAACCAGCCUGCCAAAAGUUUCUUCAAGUCAUGCUGCGAAGCUAUGAUUUUCCACGGUCAGGAUCAGCGAGAAAGUUGUUCCCAGGCUGUGGAGGCCGCUUCUGUUUCGUUCCAGAGGUUGAUCGCCGACCAUGCCUCGUAUAGGAUGAGUUUACCGGUCCUGAACAUGAUGUCAUUCGUCUUUGAGGCCUAUGGACAGAAACUGAUGAAAAAGAGGAUACUGCAACGUCUCCAGCAAGCUACGCAGGAAAUGGAUGAGCUCAAACGCAUUGUGGUCCUUGGCUCGAUUGAUUUUCUCCUCGACACAGCAGACUGGUCAAGCGACAAGGCUGCUACUAAGCUGGCCAAAACUAGUCAAGUCUACACUUACGCGGUAGAAACGGCAGGACAAUCAUCCCAACUCGCUAUCUCCGCCCGUUACAACCACGCAUGGACCCUUCUGGAAGCAGGAAAACCAGACCAGGCCUUGUCAAUUCUGAACGGUGAACGGAGCAAGUGUGAGACUGCUUUUGGCAUUCAUUCUCUACAGACAAUAACCUGGAUUGCCACACAAGCGCGGGCGCACUUGAAGAAUGGUGAGCCUUUGAGUGCAGAGGCCGUGAUGACCGAAAGUGCUCUGACAAGAGCGGAGAAAGCUUUCUCCCAGGACCAUCCAAUAUAUUGGGAGGUCAUGUACCGGAUAGGUCUCUUCCUUCUCAAUUUUGCCUCCAACAAUAGCCUACCAGACCGUACCGAAUUUUGCUGGGUCAAGGGUGAGGAAAUGGUGCGUCAGACACUGGUAUGGCGCGCCCAGUGGCUGGGACCAGAAAAUCCACGGACGGCAACUGCGUACAAAGACCUCAAAUUCUAUCUUGAGAAACAGGGCAAGAAUCAAGACGCGACUGCAUUGUACAGCUGGUACCGCGCAGAAGCUGGAUUGUGA